CAUGCACUUUAGAUCAAUAGAAUACCUCUUAAGAAAUGACAGGUUUCCAAUGAGUCUUUCAAAGAUCAUAAUUCGAAGGCUUCUUGGAAUACGGGCCCUCGAUUUUCCUUUGCAUUUCUCGCUGUUUUUCCGAUAAAAGAACUUCCACGAUGAUAGAUAUCAUCCUGUCCUCUGUCCAAGAAAUGGUCGGUUGCGUGACAUGGUAUUCGUUCGAGCGGCCUUGGCCCGGUCGUCUGAGGAUCUGAACCUGCCAAUGAAGUGCAGAGGUGGUGGAAGAAGUUGCAUCAUACUACUAAUAGUGGUGAGGUUAGACGUCUUGGAACUAUUAGGGCAGAGUGAGAUUUUCCUUUAUUGGCUGGCCGAACCCUCCUGCCUCAGGCCACGACCAUGUGACCACCCUCUCCUUGCCAAUUUUUGUCUCUCCUCUUUUCUCUUUCUCCUCCUUUGCAACUACACGCCUCGAAUCUUUCCAACGAACAAACAGCAAACUUUAUGUUACAUUGAUUUUAUCUUGGCGAAAUUAGUAGUCUCGAAUAAUGUGUAUUGGCAGUCCGAGAACCAAUAACAGGGGUCGGGAUUCAUUGUUUGCGUCUCCGGGAAUUCAUGGUGACGCUACUAGUUACAGAGGGGAGAAGGAACCUUAUCU